AUGGCCGAUGAUCCUGAGGUGAGGAAGGACGCCAUCGCCCUGGUUACGACUCCGCUCGAGGCGUCUCCAAUGGACAAACUCCUAGCGUCAACAUCUGACUGGUUUAAGCUGAGCGUUAGAAUAGCUUGGCUUCUUCGACUGAAGGCAAAACUCUUCUCUAGAAGCUCGCCUCUCAAAUUUAACGACGAAGAAUUCGGCACGUUGAUGUGCGAGGUGGAGGCCAUCCUUAACAACCGUCCUCUGACGCCAGUCUCGGACAAUCCCGAUGAUCUUGAGGCGCUGACUCCCAAUCACUUGCUUCUUUUGAAUGCCGGCGUGACAUUCCCGCCCGGACUUUUUUGCAAGAGUGACGCCUGCUCAAAGAAGCGUUGGAAGCAGGUACAAUACCUGGCAGAUUUGUUUUGGACGAGAUGGCGACGCGAGUACCUCACGUUAUUGCAAACUCGUCAAAAAUGGACAAACGUCAAGCGUUCCGUGCAGCCUGGUGACUUGGUGCUGGUGAGCGAUAACCAGCUGCCUCGCAACCAGUGGCCUCUCGGGCGCAUAGUUGAAAUAAGACCCGGCGACGACGCCAGA